UCGGAGGACACGCCCACUAACAUACCGCGUGUUAUUGUUUGCAUUCGGGUGUUUGUCAUCUUUAGCUAACUAGCUAGCUUAAUUACAUUAAAUAUGAACGUUAUCUAGUCACACCAACGUUAGAAUAGGUCAUAAACUGCAUGCAACAAACAGUUUCGACUGUGGAAAGAAAAGCAUUGCCAUGCCAAUCUAGCUAGCUGGCUAGCUAGCUAACUGACUAGCUCACUUUAGUGAUUAAAACGUACUGUACGGUCUAUGAAAAUGACGACCACCAACAUGAUGGACAUGUUUGAGGAAGGGAAAGUUCUGAAAAUCUGUGCUCCUAUGGUCCGGUAUUCAAAGUUGGCAUUCAGGUCACUGGUGAGGAAAUUCGACUGUGACAUUUGCUUCACUCCAAUGAUAGUUGCUCCUGACUUUAUGCGUUCUGUCAAAGCCAGAGACAGUGAAUUUACAACUAAUGAAGCUGACCGUCCUCUGAUCGUGCAGUUUGCUGCUAGUGAUGCCCAGACCCUGGCUGAUGCAGCCUGUGUGGUCGCACCCUUCUCUGAUGGAGUGGACCUCAACUGUGGCUGUCCCCAGCGAUGGGCCAUGUCAGAUGGCUACGGGGCAUGCCUUAUCAACAAACCUGAGCUGGUCAAAGACAUGGUUCGACAUGUCAGGAACCAAGUUGACAAUCCUAACUACACAGCCUCCAUCAAAAUACGAAUUCACAAGGACCUGCGACGUACGGUGGACCUGUGUCAGAAGGCAGAGGCGGCAGGGGUGUCCUGGAUAACGGUCCAUGGUCGAACCGCAGAAGAGCGCCACCAGCCGGUCCACUUUGAUGCCAUCAAGACCAUCAAGGACAGCCUGUCAGUCCCUGUCGUCGCCAACGGAGACAUAAAGACCCUCCGAGAUGUGGAGACCACUCACCAGCUCACUGGAGUUGAUGGUGUGAUGGCAGCCCGGGGGCUGUUGUCCAACCCGGCCAUGUUCGCUGGCUACAACGAGACCCCUCUUGAGUGUGUGUGGGACUGGGUGGACCUCGCCACGAACCAGGGGACCCCCUUCACCUGCUUCCACCAGCACCUCAUUUACAUGCUGGAGAGGGUCAGCUCCCAGCCCGAGAGGAAGGUGUUCAACUCCCUGCAAAGCACCGCCGCAGUCAUAGACUACCUCCACAACACAUAUGGAUCCCCAGACACACAGACAGUAGGCCUAUCAAACAACUGUCUCCAAAGUUUGCUUUUCUCUUUUCAACCUCCGGUUUCUUUGUUCGGGUGCCGCAGAACUGUAUUUUUAGAGAUGACUUUGCAAUGGACUGCAGUUGCCCUCUUCCUCUAUGUGGAAAUAGGUGUACUCCUUAUCCUCUGUCUACCCUUCAUCUCAGCCACCAGAUGGCAGUGUAUCUUCCAGCUGAGAAUAUGGAACAAAAUGGCCAGGUUUUGGAAUAAAUUCUUCCUCGCCAUGAUCAUAAUCCUUAUAGUCCUCUUCCUUGAUGCUUUGCGUGAGGUGAGGAAAUAUUCGGGCGUGGGAAAUGGCAAAGAUGCUAAUCUGCAUCCCAACAUGUUUGACCACCUCCACAUGAAGCUGUUCAGAGCCCAGAGGAACCUCUACAUCUCUGGCUUUACCCUCUUCCUCUGGCUAGUUCUGAGGCGGGUGAUCACUCUGAUCAACCAGCUGGCGACGGAGUCUGGCAGCACGGCCUCUCUGCAGAUCAAGGCAGAGUGUGCCAACCAAACUGCCAAGAAAUACAUGGAGGACAAUGAGCUAUUGAAGCAGACUCUGAUGUAUGGGAAGGGGGACAAGGCCACAGCGGAGGGAAACGAGCUGCUGAGGUCAGAGAUGGAGAAACUGAGAGGAGAACUGAAAGGCUCAGAGGAAGCCUUGGAAAAGUCCCAAUCCGAGAUGGAAGCUAUGAAGAAACAAUCCGAUGGACUGACCAAAGAAUACGACCGACUGCUGAAAGAACACCAGGAUCUUCAAGAGAGUGGAGAUAAAAAGGAUGAUUGAUCAGGCUUAUGACUACAGCUGUCAGAAUGUUUACAGAUCGUACCAAGAAACCAGAAAUACUGUCAGGCACGCUGUCACUUUCCUUUGGCACACUGAAGCACUGUGCAUGAUGUCACCAAAAUACUCCUCCAAGGCCUCACUGAGCCGCCAAACCUCAGAUAAAAAGCACCUGAGCACGUUUGUAAUAGAAUAGCUACGAGACCAGCCUAGAAAUAGUGUUUCUAUAAUUUGCUGACUUUUGGAGAAUGGAUGGCAGUACAAGCUUCAGAUUACAGUGGUCGUCUACUGUGAAUAUAUUUUUGAUGUAAUGUGCUUGCUAUGUCGUUUUUUUCCCCCUGUAUAUCGCUAGAGCACCACCAUUGCAUUCAUCCUUCUUUUCUUUUUUUACCUUAGCAGCAAUGCAUAUUACAGAUUGAGUUGAAUGUGUUUUGUAAAACAAAAUUUGCAUUGAGUUCAUAGGGGUAGAGAAGCUAUAUUGAGUCAUUUUUGUUGUUGAAUAUUUGAUAUCAAUGUUCUUCAUUCCUCUUAGAUGUCGAGGGUUUGUGAAUAUUACACAGGGUCACGGUCAUGAUUUUCUGUUUUGUAAUAAGGAUACUGAAAUGGAAAAGUCUGGGGAAAUUCAUCUUUCCUCUUCUCACCCUGACUCCCUGUAUUGACUGUCGUAGCCCAGUGUUUGGGUUGGGUAGACUGGGUCAGCACUUGGAGUGGGAUUGAUAAGCGACCAACAAAUCUUCCUCUAGCCUCCAUCCCCUAAGUACUUAUCUCUUCGGGCCCCAGUACUGUACUGUACAUCCCCCAGUACUGUACAUUCCAAAACUAGCGGACAGUAGCAUCGCUGACAGAAUAAGUGCCUUUCAGAUGAUUGUAGAUAUAUUUUCAAGUACAAAAAUCUGGUUGGAGUAAUAUUUCAGUAUGGCUCAUUAUUAAAGUUGUUUUUGCGGCUAAAUCUGUUAUUUUUUACUUUGGAAAAAUUGUCUCCACAUACCAACAUGUUAUCCCAUAUUAAAAAUGUUUUAUUAUUGUA